AUGUCUCGGAGGAAGAUUUCGUCCGAGUCCUUCAGCUCUCUGGGCUCCGACUACCUGGAGACCAGCCCAGAGGAGGAGGGGGAGUGCCCCCUGUCUAGGCUCUGCUGGAACGGCAGCCGGAGCCCGCCUGGGCCGCGGGUCAACCUGGACUCACUGGGCGAGAGCAUCAGCCGCCUGACGGCGCCCUCGCCUCAGACGAUACAGCAAACUCUCAAGAGGACGUUACAGUAUUAUGAGCAUCAAGUUAUUGGUUACAGGGAUGCAGAAAAGAAUUUCCACAAUAUUUCUAACAAAUGCUCCUAUGCAGAUCAUUCCAACAAAGAGGAAAUUGAAGACGUCUCAGGAAUUCUUCAGUGUACUGCUAAUAUACUCGGUUUGAAGUUUGAGGAAAUUCAAGAAAGAUUUGGUGAGGAGUUCUUUCAUAUAUGCUUUGAUGAGAAUGAGAGAGUCCUUCGAGCUGUAGGCGGCACGUUGCAGGACUUUUUUAAUGGCUUUGAUGCUUUGUUGGAACACAUUAGAACUUCUUUCGGAAAACAGGCCACUCUGGAGUCACCAUCUUUCCUAUGCAAGGAGCUCCCUGAUGGUACUCUCAUGCUCCACUACUUCCAUCCUCACCAUAUUGUGGGGUUUGCAAUGCUGGGGAUGAUUAAGGCUGCAGGAAAGAAGAUCUAUCGGCUGGACGUGGAAGUAGAACAGGUUUCCAAUGAGAAGUUGUGCUUGGAUGGUUCAAACCCAGGCAAUUGUAAUUGCCUUACUUUCCUUAUCAAAGAAUGUGAAAAUACUAAUAUCACAAAGAACCUUCCACUGGGAACAUCCCAAGUUCCUGCAGACCUCAGAAUUAGCAUCAAUACCUUCUGCAGAGCCUUCCCUUUCCACUUGAUGUUUGACCCCAACAUGUCAGUCCUUCAGCUGGGGGAAGGCCUAAGGAAGCAGCUCCGGUGUGACAUUCACAAAGUGCUCAAGUUUGAGGACUGCUUUGAGGUUGUUUCCCCAAAGAUUAAUACCACCUUCGAAAGGGUCCUGCUGCGAUUAUCCACCCCAUUUGUGAUUAGGACCAAGCUUGAGGCUUCUGGCACUGAAAAUAAAGACAAGGUAAUGGAAGUCAAAGGACAAAUGAUCCAUGUCCCAGAAUCAAAUUCCAUUUUAUUUUUGGGCUCUCCGUGUGUGGACAAGCUGGAUGAACUUAUGGGCCGAGGACUGCAUCUCUCGGACAUCCCUAUCCAUGAUGCCACCCGAGAUGUCAUUUUAGUUGGUGAGCAGGCAAAAGCCCAAGAUGGCUUGAAGAAGAGGAUGGAUAAAUUAAAGGCAACUCUAGAAAGAACUCACCAGGCCCUGGAAGAGGAGAAGAAGAAGACAGUGGAUCUCCUAUAUUCCAUUUUCCCUGGUGAUGUAGCCCAGCAAUUGUGGCAAGGGCAGCAAGUGCAGGCCAGGAAGUUUGAUGAUGUCACCAUGCUCUUUUCGGACAUUGUUGGUUUCACAGCCAUCUGUGCCCAGUGUACUCCCAUGCAGGUGAUCAGCAUGCUGAAUGAACUGUACACCAGAUUUGACCACCAGUGUGGAUUUUUGGAUAUCUAUAAGGUGGAAACAAUAGGCGAUGCAUACUGUGUUGCAGCAGGACUUCACAGGAAAAGCCUCUGCCAUGCGAAACCCAUUGCUCUGAUGGCCUUGAAGAUGAUGGAACUUUCAGAAGAAGUGCUGACACCUGAUGGAAGGCCAAUUCAGAUGAGGAUAGGCAUUCACUCAGGCUCUGUGCUAGCUGGAGUUGUUGGGGUGAGAAUGCCUCGAUACUGCCUGUUUGGAAAUAAUGUCACCCUGGCAAGCAAAUUUGAAUCAGGAAGUCACCCUCGGCGCAUCAAUGUCAGCCCAACCACUUACCAAUUACUAAAACGGGAAGAAAGUUUCACAUUCGUUCCUCGGUCCCGUGAAGAUCUUCCAGACAACUUUCCAAAGGAAAUCCCUGGGAUCUGCUACUUCCUGGAGGUAAGGACUGGUCCAAAGCAGCCAAAGCCCUCUCUUUCUUCAUCGAGGAUAAGAAAAGUUUCCUACAACAUUGGCACCAUGUUCCUCCGGGAGACAAGCCUCUGA